AUGGCCCACAGAAUGGAUACCCUCCAGGCGCGGAUGACCAAGCAGCCCCCGUUCACCAUCGAGGCUACGGGGUAUACGCCGCAGCUGGGCGAGACGGUCCCCCGCAGGAGCCCCCGAGCAGCCGAAAAGCUGCAAGCGUCCCCCGAGGAAGGCAUUUUGACCGUGUUUGAUAUUGUAACCCGCGGUGCUAAUAAAUUCGGCGACCUACAUGCCACCGGGUCCAGGAAGUUAAUCAAGAAGCACCAUGAAACGAAGAAGGUCAAGAAAGUGGUUGAUGGGAAGCCGCAGGAGGUCGAUAAGAAGUGGACUUAUUUCGAGCUGAGUGGCUACAGCUACAUGUCAUUCAAAGAUUAUGAAACUUUGGUGCUGCAGCUGGGCUCCGGCCUACAGAAACUGGGCUUGACUGCACAUGACCGGCUACAUAUGUUUGCGUCGACGAGUGCACAUUGGCUAUCCAUGGCCCACGGUGCCAUGUCCCAGUCUAUGUCCAUUGUCACGGCAUAUGAUACGCUGGGAGAGGAAGGACUUCGAACCUCCCUAGUAGCCACCAAAGCCAAGGCCAUCUUCUUGGAGCCGCAUCUACUCAAGACUUUCAUCAACACCUUAAGAGAUGCUAAAGCAAUCCAAUACAUUAUCACCAACACCGAUGGUGAGGCCGAGAUCGACCCUGCGGAUCUCGAGACCCUGAAAAAGUCACAUGACGGACUCACCGUUCUUAGCUAUGAAGACUUGAGACAGAUGGGCGUGGACAAUCCUGUUGAUCCCGUCCCUCCAAAGCCCGAAGAUCUGUGCUGUAUAAUGUAUACGUCCGGUUCCAGCGGGGCCCCCAAGGGCGUCGAAUUAACACAUACGAACGUUGUGGCCGGCGUCACUGGAGCAACCAGCGCAGUCGGCGAUUGCCUUGGUCCAGGUGACUGUCUGCUGGCAUAUCUUCCCCUCGCGCAUAUCUUUGAAUUCGUCUUCGAGAACGCGUGCCUGUACUGGGGCGGAACGAUGGGAUAUGGAUCCAUUCGGACCCUCUCCCAAGCAAACUGCCGUAAUUGCAAAGGCGACAUCGAAGAACUGAAACCCACCCUUAUGGUAGGUAUUCCCGCUGUCUGGGAGCAAGUCAGAAAGGGAGUUAUCGCGAAUAUUAAUAAAGGCGGACCCGCCUUGAGGACGCUGUUCUGGGGUGCAUAUCGUGCGAAGAAAUUUCUUGUGGAAAACGGGUUGCCCGGAGCUGCUGUUCUAGAUGCCUUGGUCUUCAAGAAGGUCCAAGCAGCUACAGGUGGCCGCCUGCGGUUCACCAUGAACGGCGCUGCUCAAAUUGCCAGAGACACGCAGCUAUUCAUCUCGUUAUGCAUAGCUCCUAUGAUCAAUGGAUACGGGAUGACAGAGACUUCUGCAAUGGGCGCGCUAUGUGACCCCAGAGAGUUCACAGCAGACGCACAUGGCGGCAUCCCCUCUUGUAUCGAAGUAAAGCUCGUAGAUUUUCCUGAUGCAGGCUACUUCUCAACCAACACUCCAAAUCCACAGGGCGAGAUCUGGAUCCGAGGCGAGAGUAUCAUGCGUGGGUAUUACCAGGAUGAGGCGCAAACCGCCGAAGCCAUAGCCCCGGGAGGGUGGUUCAAGACUGGGGAUAUCGGGGAGUGGGAUAAGUAUGGCCAUCUCAAGGUGAUUGACCGGAAGAAGAAUCUGGCCAAGACGCUAAACGGGGAGUACAUUGCUUUGGAGAAGCUCGAAUCCAUUUACCGUUCCGCAACCAUCGUAGUGAACAUUUGCAUGUACGCAUCCAUCACCGAAACAAAUCCCAUCGCCAUCAUCGUGCCAGGCGAGCCGGCGCUUAAAGCGAUGGCUCAAGAACUUGGGGUCGACGGACUUGGUCUUGAGGAUCUAUCUCACGACAAGAAGGUCCAGGCCGAGGUUCUAAAGCAGCUUCAGGCUGUGGGCAAGCAGUAUCGCCUUGCUAACAUCGAGAUGAUUGUCGGAGUUGUGGUUGCGGAUGAGGAGUGGACGGCUCAAAACGGGCUUAUAACUGCGACUAAUAAGCUCAACCGGAGGACUAUCAUUGAGCACUACAAGGCACCAAUUGAGGAGGCUUAUAAGAAAGCUAGGGUCUGA